AUGGCCCAUCUAAAAACCUACAAGUACCAGAGUGUGGACAAAUCUUUCAUUUCGAACUACAUUCUCCGUCACUACUGGAAUGGUGCCGUCAAACUUCUGCCCAAAUGGCUCGCCCCGAACAUGGUCACCUUGCUGGGCUUCUUCUGCAUCCUGAUCAACGUUUUGUUCAUGGAGAUAUUUGUGCCAGACUUGGUGGGACCAGCACCUUCGUGGCUCUAUUACAGUUUCGCGCUGGGCUUAUGGAUGUACUCGACCAUGGACAACAUCGACGGGAAACAAGCCCGAAGAACAGGUACAUCCAGCGGCCUCGGCGAGCUGUUUGACCACGGCAUCGACUCCUUGAACUGCACGCUGGCCAGCCUGUGCGAGACCGCCGCGAUGGGCCUUGGCCCCAGCAAGACGGGCGCUUUCACUGCACUGGUGCCGUGUCUGCCAAUGUUCUUCUCGACCUGGGAGACAUAUCACACCCACACGCUGUAUCUCGGCGCGUUCAAUGGCCCCACUGAAGGGCUCAUAAUCGCGUGCCUCGUCAUGAUCAUCUCCGGCUAUUUAGGGCCUCAGAUCUGGCAGUACCAUGUCGCUGACUACGUUGGAUACCCGGAGAUCCUGGGUGGCUUGACCUUCCGUGACCUCUGGGCCCCAACUAUCCUGGUGGCCUUCUUCACCGGUCACCUGCCAUCAUGUAUCUGGAAUGUCGCAAAGGCACGCCGCAAGGACAACUUGCCGCUGUGGCCGGUAUUCUUCGAAUGGAUUCCCAUGAUUGUGUUCACAGCCUCGUGCGUCGCCUGGCUCAGCUCGCCAUACUCGGUUCUGCUGCGCGAGAACCACCUCCUGGUCUUCUGCCUGACCAUGUCCUUCGUCUUUGGACGCCUGACGACCAAGAUCAUUCUGCACCACCUGACCCGCCGUCCGUUCCCGUACUGGACGAUAUCGCUAGUGCCCCUCGCCAUAGGCGGCAUCAUGGCCUGGCUGCCCUUGUUCGGCUUCAAGCCUGUCCCGCCGACCUUCGAGAGAUGGUACAUCUACGGCUACCUCGUCCUCGCCAUGAUACAGUACUUCGUCUGGGCCGUACGAGUCAUCAACCGCAUCUGCGAGGUCCUCGACAUCAACUGCCUGACCAUCAAGAAGAAACCAACCGACCGCAAAGAAUCGGCAGGGUUUGCGAUCGAUAUACAAUCCGGCACCAACGGGGAUGUGCGCAAGACCAUCAAAGAGCUCUGA